AUGGCAGUGGAUUGGUGGUCCAUUAAAAGGCGACAAAAGUGUACACUAAGAGCGACCGAGAAGGACGUGUAUACAUUUGAGUGCGGUAGAUGGAAAUGCAAGUGGUCACUAUGGGCAGCUAAAAUGAAAGAACACGGACUUGUUGAGGUAACCAAAUACACAGGCCCACAUACUUGUCGCCCUUAUAACAGAGAACAUACCGAUUACGAAGAAGAGUUUAUUGAUGAUCUAGAACGUGUUAAUGCGGAUUUUGUAGCAUAUGAGAUAGAACGUGUUAAUGCGGUACAUCCCACACUCUCAUUUGCAGAGUUGAAGAAGUGGUGGAAAGGACAAUUUGGCAAUAAGCUUGUGGUGUAUGAUGAGGAAGGGGAGGCGCAUGAUACGAAAAGACUGAUGCAGGAUGCUAAAAAGAAAGCUAUCAAAGGAGUCUUUGGAGGUUGGGAUCGGAGUUUCAGAUCCGUACCUAAGUUAAUGUUUGCACUUCACUCUUCUAAUGGGCUGCUCGUGGACUCGCAAUUUGAUUCUUUUCUAAAUCCCGAAUCUGCGUCCUUUCGCAGUGUGUUUUGGGCGUUUCCACAGUCUAUUGAAGGGUUUCAACAUUGUAGAUCUCUGAUUCUAGUUGACACAAAAAGCUUGGGUAAGUGCAGUAUGAAACUGAUGAUUGCCCCGGGGGUAGAUGCAGCAAACAAAUAUUUUUCGCUUGCCUUUGGGGUUACUAAACAAGUAUCCACUGAUAGUUGGCGUUGGUUUCUCAGUGGAAUCAGAGAAAAGGUUACACAAAGGCAAGAUGUAACGCCCCCGACCCGGAUUAGGUUAACGCUGACCCGACUGGCCGCACAACAAUCAAACGAGAACAUGCGCAACCAAUGGUAG